UAUAAUUAUUUUGUAGAAAUAAUUAUUUUUUAAGUUAUUAUUAUUUUGAUAUAUUAUGAUAAUGUUAUUAUAAUUAUUAUUUGCAGGACUUUGAAAAUUUAGGAGAUAAUAUAGAUUAUUCUGAUAGAUUUGUUACCGAUAGAGAAUUUGAUUCUGUAGAUGAUUUACAUACUUGGGCUAAUGAGAUAGCACUAACAAUUGGAUUUCAAUUUACACGUGCUUCAUAUAAAAAAAAAGAAGGGCGUUCUAGAGUGAGUCUGUACUUAAGAUGUCACCGUUACGAUAAAAGAAGUGUUGAUUUGCAUAACUUAGACAAUGCUCCCCGACCAGGUUCCAAAAGUAGGGGUUGUGGGUGUAAAUUUAUGAUUUUAGGAACUAGUCGUAACCCAAAGGAAAGACCUUGGACGGUUAGAGUGUUUCCUGGUGAAAAAGGAAUACAUAACCACCCGUUCUUCAUGUACAUAGAUGGUCAAAUAAGAGUAAAUAGGAUGACUGUGGAUAUCAGGCAGCACAUACGAGAUCUAAGUGCAACUGGCAUGCAACCAGCAUUUAUAAUGUCUUCAAUUAGAAGAAAUUUUCCUCGUUUUUAUGCUAGUAUGAAUCAAAUUUACAAUGAGAGACAGUCAAUCAGGAGAGAAGAGAUGGAUGGUAGGACUCCUCUUCAACACUGUCUGUAUAUGGCCACGGAGCAUAAUUAUGUAGUUUGGAGGGACUUGGAUAGUGAGGAUCAGUUGACUAGAUUAUUGAUUGCGAAUCCAACUUCUAUCCAGAUGCUACGUUCGUGGCCUCAUGUUGUGUUGAUAGACACAACGUACAAAACGAAUAAGCAAAAGUGGCCCCUUUGCGAAAUCAUUGGAAUGACGCCAACGAAUCAUAAUUUCUUGGUUGCAUUAUGUUUGAUGCGAGAUGAGGCGGCUGUGUCUUAUUCUUGGGUGUUGGAGAGGUUGAGGGAUAUUUACGGGACAGUCCAGACGCCGGAUGUAAUCGUAACGGAUCGGGAUGAGGGUUUGUCUGCAGCUAUUCAUGCUGUCUUUCCAGAUGUACGACAUCUAUUAUGCGUAUGGCAUAUUGGCAAUGACGUGGAGAACAUGGUCGAUAAAUUGUGUGGCGGCAAGAAAAAUCAACAGGGCCAGUUAUUCAGGCAAACAAAAUGGAACCCCUUGGUUAACAGUAUGACGAUCGCCGAUUUUGAAAACAGAUGGGAAGGGAUUGUGUCCACUUGGUCGACUAGGAACCGGAGAGUCUACUACUUGGGUAGUGGUAAUAGCUCAUUCAAUACGCUGUUUAAAAGGGCGCACGCACAAAUUACGAAUCAACAAUCAAAAAUAAGACAAGCUCUUGAGGAAUCUAAGAAUUCCAUUUCAAGGACGUCGCGACUAAAUUUUCUACGACCGUUGUAUCGUCAUGUUUCUAUAUAUGCCUUGGAACUAUUGAUGAUGGAGCACAACCGGAUGUGA